GAGAACCCGACGAGAUGUUCGAUGUGUACUGCUUUGCCAAUGGCCUGCAAGGUGAAGUGUUUCACACCAGCGUGCCAGAGAAGUUGAGCCUGGCGUCUGCCUCCACUCACUGCCACACUCUGGGAGCUCAACUGGCCACAGCCGGGCAACUCUAUCUGGCCUGGCAGGGUGGCCUGGACCGCUGUGACCCCGGCUGGCUGGCUGACGGCAGCGUGCGUUACCCCAUCAACCUUCCCCGGCGUAACUGUGGAGGAGAUGAACCAGGAGUACGGACUGUUUACCAUAACCCCAACCGCACCGGGUUUCCAGACACUAGCGACCUCUUUAGCGCCUACUGCUAUCAAGAGAAGAAUUUUGAAGAGCAGACGGCAAUACUCUAUAAAACCCUAGAAAACUCCAAUUCGAGCUCUUCAAGCAAUGAAGAGGUGCUGCUUCAAAGAAAUGGAGCCUACCCUGAGCCUUCAACUUGGACCGGUCUGGUCGAUCUUGAGAAAGAAGACUUCAAGUCCAUCAUAAACAAUGAAUCUUCAGAAAUUUCAGAGGAGCAUGUUGUAAUCCAUCUUGGACCUGAAGAAAAGUCUGAAGAGUGGGAAGACGAUGCUGUGGAGAAGCAGGAGAACCUUCAAGGGGGUUCAGCAAAAGAGGAGACAGAUGAUUCCGAUGUGUCUCCUGACCCGUCUUCAACCACGCCAUCCUCCUCUACGCAAGCUCAGACCAGCAACAGCGUCAUCUCCAACUUUGUCAACACAAUCAUGAAACCGUUUAGGUACUGGACAGGGACUAGAGAACCUGAGAUACCGGCCACAGAGUCCAGCCUUUACAGAGGAACAUCAGAAAUGGUCCCACCUGCCAGGACCAAGCCAAGUAGAGGGAAAACAAGCAAAGUUGGUGUUGAUAAUGCUAUCAUGGAGCCUAAUACCAAGGAACAUUCAUAUAAUCCCUCCUCGUCAGAUCCAGAAGAAGAGCUCUUGGAGCAGGAGAAGGAAGUGGGCUUGGUGGAUGCGCAGAAGGAGAUAAAGAGUCAAAGCAAUUCUUACAUGGAUCAUGCAUAUUUACAGACCUUCACUGGACCAAACAAAGGUACAACACACUCGUCCAAAGCUUAA